UAAAUAAAACUUUUGUUGUUCUUUUACGUCCCAAUCCCAGCAUCGUCAACAGCAUCACUGCUCCCUCCACUCCAACCUCCGUUCUACGACGAGAUCCAGUUCUCCCCCAUCUCCACUCCAUCCUUCUUCUGUUUUUCGUGUCUUCCUGCUACUCGUAGCCAGUCUUCUCUUCCAACAGUCACGAUGGCCUCGCCUACGCAAUCCACCGGCUCGACCAAGGUCGAUGCCGUCGUCCAGAAGGCUGCUGCUGCCGCCCCCGGCCAGCUCAGCGGCGUCGCUCUCUACUCCAGAUUCGCCCUUGCCGGCGCCAUCUGCUGCUCAGUAACUCACGGUGCUCUGACGCCCGUUGAUGUCGUCAAGACCCGUAUCCAGCUCGACCCUGUCACCUACAACCGCGGCAUGAUCGGUGGCUUCAAGCAGGUCAUCCAGAACGAGGGUGCCGGUGCUCUGCUGACCGGCUUUGGCCCUACCGCCGCCGGUUACUUCCUGCAGGGCGCCUUCAAGUUCGGUGGAUACGAGUUCUUCAAGCAGCAGUCCAUCAACCUGGUCGGCUACGAGAACGCCUCCAACUACCGCACCGGCGUCUACCUGGCCUCGUCUGCCUGCGCCGAGUUCUUCGCCGACAUUGCCCUCUGCCCUCUCGAGGCCACCCGUAUCCGUCUCGUCUCCGAGCCCACCUAUGCCUCCGGCCUGCUGAGCGGCUUCAGCAAGAUGCUGAGCCAGGAGGGUAUCGGCGCCUUCUACGCUGGCUUCGGCCCCAUCCUUUUCAAGCAGAUCCCUUACACCAUGGCCAAGUUCGUCGUCUACGAGAAGGUUGCCGAGGCCAUCUACCGCUCGUACCCCAAGAACGAGAUGUCCGACGGCGCCCAGACCACUGUCAACCUGGGCUCUGGCCUGAUCGCCGGUUUCGCCGCCGCCAUCGUCUCCCAGCCCGCCGACACCAUGCUGUCCAAGAUCAACAAGACUAAGGGUCUGCCCGGUGAGGGCACCAUGACCCGCCUGGUCAAGAUCGGCAAGGAGCUUGGUCUCCGCGGCUCCUACACCGGUAUUGGCGCCCGUCUGUUCAUGGUCGGCACCCUGACCGCCUUCCAGUUCGCCAUCUACGGCGACGUCAAGCGCGCAUUGAACGCUACCGGAGGAGUAGAAAUUGCAAAGUAAAUGCAUCACAGACGAUAGAAAAGAUAGAACAUGGAAGAAUUGGUGGGGGAAGGGGCAGGAGCCGUGCGGUAGAGUGUGGUAGAGUUGAGCACAGUCCGGCAAGGGCAGGGACAGGGUUGCACUCAGAGGAUAUGCAUCCACUGGGUUGCUUCGACAUGAAAACUUUAAGACGUCUUCUCUGGCUUAUUCUGCAUUUAGAAGGGACGGCGUCCUGGCGAGGACGGGCUCAACUUUUCUUGUUGGGACCAUCUUGGUGGGAAUCUGGGCGUAGAGAGCGUCUUGGCAAUGAUGAUUGGCCAAAGGCUUUGUAUAAUACUCCUUUCUGUUUGUGCGAGACCAUAGACUGGGGUUAGAUGAUAAAGAUGCUAUAUACGCUGCUUACUGACG